AUGCGCAAAGUGAAGGAUUUCUUGCAACUGAAGUACAAAGUCCAGCAGUUUUAUUUCAGCCUUCAGCAAACACUAGUUACAAGAGAGAAACAAUUAGAGACCUGGGCUAGUUUGGUAAUCGACUACACUCAACACUACAAGAUCUUUACGCUCGACGUAGCCGAGGUGGCCAACAGCGAGCUCUUCCACAAUCACAAGUUAAAUAGGCGCCUUUCUCCUGAAGGAAUACGUGCCGUUUUCGAUUAUCUUGAGCAAAAAAAGCACGUUGAGUGGAUAGAUCUCGCAAAAACACGUUGUCACAUUUAUUGGCGACGACCGGACGAGUGGGCAGCACUGAUAUACGCGUGGGCUGUGUCGAACGGUUUGCUGAAUACGCCGUGCACUUUGUACGAGAUUGCGCACGGAGACGAUACCGUGCAGGAAUGUUAG